AUAGUGUGGCAAGUUGGCCAAAGGUCGUUUAGUAAUUUUUAAUAUUUGUUACAGCGGGUUUAUUUUAAUAGUGCAAGCCAUGUCUGCUUCAUUAAGAGUACUUGUCGGAUGCAAAAGAGUCAUUGAUUAUGCCGUUAAGGUUCGAGUAAAACCCGACAAGACCGGGGUUGUGACAGAGGGCGUGAAACACAGCAUGAACCCAUUCGACGAGAUCGCCAUUGAGGAGGCAGUUAGAAUGAAAGAGAAGAAACUUGUCAGCGAAAUUCUAGUGGUUUCAUGUGGACCUCCCCAGUGUCAGGAGACACUAAGGACGGCCAUGGCAAUGGGAGCUGAUCGUGCGAUUCAUGUGGAGAUAGAUGCAAAGGAGUUUGAGAAGGUUCAGCCACUUCACAUUGCCAAGAUCCUUGCAAAAAUUGCACAGGAGGAAAAGACUGACAUCGUGCUUGUUGGAAAACAGGCAAUUGACGAUGAUUGUAAUCAAACAGGACAGAUGACAGCCGCCAUUCUAGACUGGCCUCAGGGAACAUUCGCUUCUAAGGUGGAGAAGACCGGGGAGGGCCUGACGGUCACAAGGGAAGUGGAUGGGGGACUUGAGACGAUCAAACUCAAACUUCCCGCUGUCCUUUCCUCCGACCUGCGACUUAACGAGCCUCGCUACGCCACACUCCCCAACAUCAUGAAAGCUAAGAAAAAGCCUCUAGCAAAGAAGAAGGCAUCGGACUAUGGGGUCGACCUGACCCCGCGACACCAGAUUUUGAAGGUUGAGGACCCACCUGUCCGAGAAGCGGGACAGAAACUGGAGACCGUUGGAGACCUCGUGUCAAAACUAAAAGAAGCCGGACUGGUAGCAUGAUCGUGUGACUGGUCAUUAGCCAAGUGUGAAGUGUGUAGAGUGAAAGAGUAAAUGAACUAUGAAGGGAGAAGCUGUGAUGUUCAGAGAUCAUGUGACAACAUGCAGGAAAUAACGUCAUCGUUGGAAUUCUGUACUACCUGAAACAAUGACUUCGUUGGAGACAUUCGUGUUUCCUCCGUCACCAAGUGUAUAUAUAUAAUACUGUGUAUAUAUCUUCAGUAAUAAAUAAAUAAAAAUAAA